AUGGGCAAGUUUUGGGUGAGUUUUCGGACACUUUGCAACCGAUUAUUCAAAGCCGUAUAUCUCGGCCGUCGGCGGAGUUAUCAAAAAGUUGUCAACUGGGAAAAUGCGCAACGAUUCUUUGUGAACAUUUUUCCAGUUGGCCACUUUUUGAUAUCUCUAUGCACAGCUGAGUUACACUGUUUAGAAAUGACAGCUUUUUUUUAGGUUGCCCUUCAUUUUGACAUUAGUUGCGAAACGUAACGUCUCAUCCAAUUCAUCAUUGUUUUGCAAAUUUUAUUGCCACGGACAUUUCGCAACCGACAGUUGCAAAGUGUCUCCUAAUGAGUUGCACACCGGUCCAAUCAAAUUUUUUCAAAUUUUCAGCUCCUCCUCCUACUCUUCCUCUGCAUUUCGACGAGUUUCUGUCAAGAAGAUCAAAAUUUGACGUCUGCCGAAUCGGAACGAAAAGAAAUCCGAAUCCCGUCGUCGUCAGAAGUCGAAAUCGACGCGUCCGAACCGGUGGGACCGGCGGCGACGCCCACCGCAGACAUUGCGUACCUGCCACUGAUCGCUCGCUGCUCCAUCGACUCGGAUUGUUCGACGCAACGCACUUGCGUCGACGGAAAGUGCCGGUCCCCGACGGCUCAUCCCAUUUUCCCCGUCUUUUUUCGGUGUGGCGAUCGGCUCGAUUGUCCCGCCGGCCACCGAUGCAUUUUGAUGAUGUGCAUUCCGUUUCGGUGGUGA